AUUGAGCUCCGUCGGUCGCCGAUUCUGUGAUUUCAGUGGAUCUUGAAUAAUUUGAGGAGGCCACUCGGUUUCUGCGACGAGCCUCUGACCUAAAGGACCAAAAUGAUGGCUUCCUUGGAUCAUAAAGAUGAGGAAGGAAGUCGUCACAAUGAUCUGAAAGUGCAUCGUGAAGAUCCUGAAGAUGAUGAUCACGACAUCUCUCGCCAAAAACAGCCAAGUUGUUCUUCUUCAUUGUCCAACUCUUCAGUAGAAUCAGUAGCGUUAGAAAACAAUGACAAUGGUAUAGCUGACAAUACUUUCCAAUCUAAGCAUGCUGAUAAUGAGCCUCCAGCAUUUUCAUAUUCAAGCGACUUUGCUUACCCAUCCCCUGUGUGGAGCUUCCAAAGUGCGUCUACUCCACAAUUCCCUCCAAGUCAAAUGAUGGCUCGACCGGGCUAUGAUCCAAACAGAAUUCCAUUGUCUAUAUUUUCUGGCAGACCCACAAAUCCUUUGGCAUGGAGUCAUACAUCAAAUGAGUCUCUUUUUAGUAUACAGGCGGGAAAUAGUAGUUUCGCGAGGGAACAAUUCUUUAUUGGGAACAAAUGUGUAGAAUCUCCCAGGUUUGAUGAAUCCAUCAGCAAGUCCACGGCACUGCAUCCUGUUGGAGAUGUGGUCCCAAGUAAUUGUGCAGACAAUGACAUUGAAGGGCACUCAGAUUCAUUAUCAACAAGAGUUGCCUGUGAGGAAACUAGAGAUUCGCCCUUUGUGAUGCACUGCGAAUCAGUAAAGACGUUGGCAGAAAGUGCAGCAAUUGUGUUGCAUGAGACUCCAGAGGCAGAGGAUAAUAGUAAGGAAGCAAGGGUCCCCAGGGAAGAGGCUAAGGAUGUCACCAGUGUGUCUUGCCGCUCUCAAGAGAGCCGUAUCAGCAAUCGAUCUUUUCAAUUUCCUCUAUUCUCAUCAAUUCAGAGUGGAAAGAAGAGCAAAACAACAAUAAAAUCAGAGAAGCAGGAGGAAGAUAAGCCAUUCGAGGCGCCUAGUGCUAAAGCUGAAAAAGCUCCAAAUCCUCCUCGACCAAGAAAUCGCUGGUAUUUCCCCUCUUGUUGUCGUUCACUGUGUCGUUGACAAAGCAAUCACUGAGCAAUAAUCCAUCCAGCCUUGCGUUGGAACACCAUUUUUAUCAAAUCUGUUUAUAAUCUUUUGUUGGUCGUCCAUCGCUCUGUGACAUGUAUUUCUA